UCCUCCCCGCCUUGCAGAGUUGGGAGAAGGAAGGUUGGGGGGGGCGGGGGUAUGGAAAAAUAAAAGGAAAAGUCCGUGCACCAUGUAAAUCAACGCCCCCCACCUUGGCGCCCCGGCUGGCCGGGGACCCCCCAGUCUGCGGCCAUGAACGCGAGCGGCGAGGGCGAGAGCUUCCCGGGCUCGGUGCAAAUUCCAGGUGGCACAACGGUGCUGGUUGAGCUGACUCCCGACAUCCACAUCUGUGGCAUCUGCAAGCAGCAGUUUAACAACCUGGAUGCCUUUGUAGCUCACAAGCAAAGUGGCUGCCAGCUGACCAGCACAACCGGGACAGCCCCCAGCACGGUCCAGUUUGUAUCGGAGGAAACGGUGCCAGCCACCCAGACUCAGGCUACCACCAGAACCAUCACCUCAGAGACCCAGACGAUCACAGUUUCAGCUCCAGAAUUUGUUUUUGAACAUGGGUAUCAAACAUACCUGCCCACGGAAAGCAAUGAAAACCAGACGGCCACUGUCAUCUCUCUCCCUACCAAGUCACGUGCCAAAAAGCCCGCCACUCCGCCUGCUCAGAAAAGGCUCAACUGCUGCUAUCCAGGUUGCCAAUUCAAGACUGCCUAUGGCAUGAAGGACAUGGAGCGUCAUUUAAAAAUUCACACGGGAGACAAACCCCACAAAUGUGAAGUCUGUGGCAAGUGCUUUAGCCGGAAGGAUAAGCUAAAGACGCACAUGCGGUGCCACACGGGUGUGAAGCCCUACAAGUGUAAGACGUGCGACUACGCCGCUGCAGACAGCAGCAGCCUGAACAAGCACCUGCGCAUCCAUUCCGACGAGCGGCCCUUCAAAUGCCAGAUCUGCCCCUACGCCAGCCGCAACUCCAGCCAGCUCACCGUCCACCUCCGGUCCCACACGGCUCUGGAACUGAAUAAUGAUGUUCCAAAAUCAGCUUGCCUCACCUCGGAAAGCAGCGAUACCCAGAAGGCCUCCAUCGUCUCUCUUCCCUCAGAGUCGAGGGAACAAACUGCCACCCUUGGAGAGAGAACAUUCAACUGUUGUUACCCAGGUUGUCACUUCAAAACUGUUCAUGGCAUGAAAGAUUUGGACCGCCACCUGAGAAUCCACACAGGAGACAAACCACACAAGUGUGAGUUCUGUGACAAGUGCUUCAGCCGGAAGGAUAACCUGACCAUGCAUAUGCGCUGCCACACCAGCGUGAAGCCCCACAAGUGCCACCUCUGCGACUACGCCGCCGUGGACAGCAGCAGCCUCAAGAAGCACCUGCGCAUCCAUUCCGACGAGCGGCCCUACAAAUGCCAGCUCUGUCCCUACGCCAGCCGCAACUCCAGCCAGCUCACCGUCCACCUCCGAUCCCACACAGGGGACACCCCCUUCCAGUGCUGGCUCUGUAGCGCCAAGUUCAAAAUCAGCUCAGACUUGAAAAGGCACAUGAUCGUGCACUCCGGGGAGAAGCCUUUCAAGUGCGAGUUCUGCGACGUCCGCUGCACCAUGAAGGCGAAUCUCAAGUCACACAUCCGCAUCAAGCACACCUUCAAGUGUCUGCACUGCGCCUUCCAGGGCCGGGACCGGGCCGACCUGCUGGAGCACAGCCGGCUGCACCAGGCCGACCACCCCGAGAAAUGCCCUGAGUGCAGCUACUCCUGCUCCAGCGCUGCUGCCCUGCGCGUGCACAGCCGGGUCCACUGCAAAGACCGUCCCUUCAAGUGCGACUUCUGCAGCUUCGACACCAAGCGCCCCAGCAGCCUGGCCAAGCACAUUGACAGAGUGCACAGGGACGAGGCCAAGACGGAGAACCGGGCCCCGGAGGGCAAAGAAGGGCCCCGAGAGAGCAGCUCCCACCACGUGGCCAAAAUAGUGACCCAAAGGGCCUUCCGCUGCGAUACCUGUGGCGCCUCCUUCGUCAGGGACGACUCUCUGAGAUGCCACAAGAAGCAGCACAGUGACCAGAGUGAGAAUAAGAACUCGGACUUGGUCACCUUCCCACCCGAGAGCAGUGCCCUGGGGCAGCCGGGCACCCUGGUGUCUGUUGGGCAGCUCGAGGUGCCCCUGGAGCCCAGCCAAGGCCUCUAGUUCAGCUGAAGAGGGUCACUGGCUGUCAGGAACUCCAGACACAUGCUGUUGCCCAGCCCUCCACGGUGAGGCCAGCAAGCCGGACUUGGGGCACCAGCUCUGGCGGGGGCUGCUCCGACGUUGCAGGCUUCCAGGACGAUGGCGGAAGUGGCCACAGCAAUGCUUUGCGAUGUAAAGACGCUACAGGUUGCUGUUUUCCCUCCAAGAAUUGGCUAAGCAAGUUGGCUGGGUCAUUCAAAGGUGGGAGUCCAGUAAGCCCUGUUCUAUGCAAUAGGGAUAACUUCUUCAUGAUGGAUUCCAAUUUUUAAACUGAUCUGUAAUUCCUAAAUUCUUGGAAAAUAUUCUCUGGAAUUAUUACACUACUUAGAAGACAUAGAAAACUAAAAAUAAACUGAUCUGUAUAGUAGGCGUGAGUUAAGAUGAAGGCUGGGUACAUGGAGGGUCCUGGAUGGCUAGAAAAGUUCUAUUUCUUAACCUGGGUGGUAGUUGCAAAGCGUUCACCUUAUGCAUUUGUGUGUGGUUUCCUUUAUCUGUUUUACAAUAAAAAGGCAAACUCAUCUGCAGAA